CUCGGGAGCGCAGCGGAGAGAGCGGUGGAAAGAAAGGACUGGAUGACAGCUGUCAGUGGGGACAAAAACACUUCCAGUCCGUGAGGUGAAAGCGAAUGGCUCCCCUCUGAACCUCCGGAGGUUAGAAGACAAACAUCUUGUCGGCGUCGCUGCGAGUUUAUUAAAAGUAUCGUGAAGAUGUCAUCUCUUUUCAGCAAUCUAGAGACCUGUUCCGCACACAGACCAGCUGAAGCUGCUGCAGACGCCAACAUGGGGACACAAGGCACUGGUCGGAAGCGCGCUCCUUUGAAAGAUCGGUUCUCGGCGGAGGACGAGGCAUUGAGCAGCAUCGCACGAGAGGCCGAGGCGAGGCUGGCGGCGAAAAGAGCAGCUCGAGCGGAGGCCAGAGACAUCCGAAUGAGGGAACUUGAGCGACAGCAAAAAGAGCUCUCUUACCGCUCCUUCAGCAGCAGCAGCAGAAAAUGGGGUCACAUCCACCAGUGGAUGGCUGACUCAGAAAAAGCCCGAGCCUCUAGUAGUAGUAAACCCAGCAGCCAUCAUCACCGGGGGCUGGAUGACGACGUCACGUCGGUCCGCAGUUACAGGUCGACGUCAUCRGGCAUACGUGACCUGGGAUCCAUCAAGAGUCGGCCCAGUUCUCGUAAAAGGGACCCCCUGUCCGACAGCCUCUCCACUAGCUCCCACCUGAAGAGUGCCCGUUCUACUAACUCUGUGUACAAUGACCUUCAGGGCUAUAAAAAAGCUUCRUCCUCAAAGAAGGGGUUGCUGACUGGACUGUACCACGAUCAAAGGAACUACACCAGCCUUUUGAAGACCAAACCGCCACCCCUGACCUCCACCUCCACCYAUCAACCACGGGCCUCCUCUUCCUCCUCCUCCACCACCAGCACGGGGUUGCCUCGCAGCUACAGCAUGGCCUCUAUUUAUGACGACGCCGGUCUUUAYGGCUCAGGCAGCAGUUCAAGAGCUCCCUCUGAAUACAGCUGGUACUCCUCAGGAGCCAGCUCCACUCGCAGCAGCCCUGCGCACUCUUCCUCUGAUGAUGACACUGUCAGCAGUGUGUCCCAGGAGCGCUACAGCCGAAGCCGGAGGGACAGCACGUCAUCUGACUUCUCGGACAUUAGUGAAUCUGCGGCCGAUUAUUUCAGCCGCUCCAACCGAAGGGGCAGUAUUGUUUCUGACCUGGAUGAGUUGAGCAUUCCAGAUCUGGAUGCUCUGGAUGAAAAAUGUGACAAGCAGUUUUCAGAUUUUAGUCGGCCGUCCUCCCGCUGUGCCACCCCGGGGCUCUCGGCUGCCACCCUGGCAUCUCUGGGCGGCACCUCGUCACGGCGAGGAAGCGCAGACGCUGGUAGCAUCUAUGACCCAGACACCAGUCUGAACGAACUUAAGGAUAUCUAUGAACUAAAGGACCAGAUUCAGGAUGUAGAGGGGCGGUACAUGCAAGGGCUUAAAGAGCUGAAGGAGUCGCUGUCAGAGGUGGAGGAGAAGUACAAGAAAGCCAUGGUGUCCAACGCACAGCUGGACAACGACAAGGCCAACCUCAUCUACCAGGUGGACACGCUGAAGGACGUCAUCGAGGAGAUGGAGGAGCAGACGGCCGAGAUGAGGCGGGAGCUGGAGGACAAGACCAAGGAAGUAGAAAGACAAAAACACACAUGUUCGGUCCUGCAGCACAAACAGGAAGAACUCAAGGAGGGAAUUCGCCAGAGAGACGAGCUUAUAGAGGAGAGCCAGCGAAUGCAGACUAAGUUAGACGGCCUCAGCAGAGAGGUGUUUGACCUGCAGGAAACCAUAAACUGGAAGGACAAAAAGAUGGCGGCCUUAGAGAGGCAGAAAGAAUACUUUGAUUGCAUUAGGAAGGAGAGAGACGAGCUCAGAGAUGAGCUCGCCGACAUCAAGGGGAAGUCCAAAGUAGGAGAGAAACACGGGCUGGUCAUCAUCCCAGACGGAACGCCCAACGGAGACGUCAGCCACAACCCUCUGUCCCCGGGGAUCACCCUGGUGUCCCAGGAGGCCGCGCAGGUUCUGGAGUCAGCGGGAGAGGGUCCGCUGGACGUCAGGCUACUGAAGCUGGCCGAGGAGAAGGACGAGCUGCUGGCUCAGAUCAGGAAGCUGAAGAACCAGCUGGACGAGGAGCGGCAGAAACACGCCAAGCUGGACGGAGCGCUCGCCGACGGCGACAAGCUGGAGAACGGGACGGACCUGCACCUCAUCGAGCUGCAGAGAGACGCUAACAGRCAGAUCAGUGAAUACAAGUUCAAACUGUCUAAAGCGGAGCAGGAAAUGGGUACGAUGGAACAAAACAUCACGAGGCUUGAAGGCCAGGCGGCGCGCUACAAAGCAGCAGCCGACAACGCAGAGAAAGUAGAAGACGAGCUGAAAGCGGAGAAACGGAAGCUUCAGAGAGAG